UAUGGACUGCUUACACUUUACCCUCCCAAGCCCACUUUGUAGGAAUACACUGGAUAUCUUCUGUCAGAGAUAUAUCACGAAGUAAUAUGGCUGAGAGUUCUGGAAGUUCCAACAAUCGGCGUCUACUUAGAUUAAAGCUCACCGAUGGGCACUCUGAUAUUACUGCUAUAGAGUACUCUCAUAUACCAUCAAUUCCUGAUGAUAUUGUUCCUGGCACUAAGGUGCGCUUGGAAAACAAAGCUACAGUUCACAGCGGUAUUGUGUGUUUGAAUGCCAAAAUGAUUACCGUUUUAGGAGGUGCUGUUAGUUCUCUUUAUGAGGAAUGGCAGAUGAACAAAAAAUAUUCAGGUUUCUCCCGUUCAACCUUGAAAGUAGCACAUGAGGACGGGGCUGCUGGUCCACCACCAUUUGAGAAGUUGCAGAUUGGAGCUUUGCACAAACACCCUUCUCAGCAUAAGAGAUAUUCUGAAAAAGCUCAAAGUUCCACAGCUAAUCAAAUGCAUAGAUUCCCGAACAAUGAUUCAAGGAUGGAGAGCACCAGUAAUGAAUGGAAGCCACCUGCUCAUAUUGAAAGGAAUGAAGAAAAGCCAAGCACUUCUGAAUCAAGGCCAAAAGAAGUGGCCGAGGCUGUCCCUGUUCAAAACCAAGCAGCUGCGCAAAAACUACUGCAGAAAAUGAGUCAGCCCCCUCCUCGUGGUGGUCAUCGUUCUAGAGGGCAAAGACACAGGGGAAGGGGAAGAGAGGAAGAGGAGUCACACCUUCUUACCCUAGAGGAAUGGGAAAGAAGAAAAACCAGUGGUAAUCUUUCUGCAACACAUCAGUUUCCUGAUGUUAGUCAAGACGAGGAUCUUGCAAGACAGCUACAACAGCAAUUAGAUUUCGAAGAUUUUCACGAACAAGAAGAUAGUACAACAAAAACCGAGGCAGAGAAUAUUAGAAUGAGCAUGUUCACAUUUGAAAGAGACGAUGGGGGAGCUCAUGGAACGACAGGAUUUAGAGGACGGGGAAGAGGAAGAGGAAGGGGAAGGGGAAGAGGUAGGGGAAGGAGAGGCUGACUUUCGUCUCCCAUUCAGCCUUUCCGCCUUUUUCUUUUUCUAAGUUAGAUUGUUAGUUUUUUCGGUAUACAUAACUUUCCCAAGGACAUCACAUGUGUUUUCUUUCAUCUUCUUUGGCUACUUGGUAUUUGUAACUGCUUUUCAGUACCAUUAUAGAUGUUUCCCUUUUUUCAAAUCACCUAUCAUAUGCACGAAAGAAUGUACUUUAGUAUGAAUGUGAUUCCAUCUCUCUUCUUCCA